AAAAUGUUCGACUCGAGAGCGCAGCUGCGGGCCUGACUCAGCUCAGCGGCCAUGUUGUGCUAGUAAGAUAAACACGGGAGCUCCGGUAUCUGCAGGUUAGAAAAGCUAGGAUUGCUGUACGUUAACGCUAAGAAGACACUGCAAAUAUCUGGUCCGGAGCUGCAGAAUGACACGUUGUUUUGCUUGUUAAAUAUGGACAUCAGGAAUGCGGCGCUGUCCUGAGGAGGUAGAGGACGAGGACGAGGAGGAGGGUCGCACUGCUGGUUUCGUGGGGUUAGCGCUCAGUUGACGGGCCUACUUGGCUGUCGACGUUGUGUUGUGUGUGUUCAGCUUCACCUCGAGUCUCCCCGCUAUCAUGGAUCAGGACUAUGAGAGAAGGCUGCUUCGGCAGAUCGACUUCCACAAUGUAGCAGACAACGUCCCGUCACCAUCUGCGUCUGUGAACUCUCUAGCCAGUCUGCACAAAACAGGAGAUCGCUUCAUACCAGCCAGGGCCGGGUCCAACUGGAGCAUCAACUUUCACACCAUAAACGAGAACGGAAAAUCUCCAAACCAGAACAGAAAGUCAAAGGAAGCCAAUUCAGACAGCGGAAAAGCAGACAGUGUUGCCUACGCUGCCCUGCUGAAGAACGAGCUGCUGGGAGCCGGCAUUGAGAAGGUGACUGACCCCCAGACUGAGGACCGUCGCUUCCAGAUGCCCAUGCAGGAGCGCAGCAACCUGUUCAGGUAUGCUUUGAACUGCAAGAAAGCACCAGCUGACGACGGCAAUGAGAUCUCUCCCUACUCACUGUCCCCCCUCAGCAAUAAAAGUCACAAGCUGCUGCGCUCUCCGCGGAAGCCCACCAGGAAGAUCUCAAAGAUCCCCUUCAAGGUGCUGGACGCCCCGGAGCUGCAGGAUGAUUUCUACCUCAAUCUGGUGGACUGGUCCGCCUCCAACGUGCUGAGUGUGGGGCUGGGGGCCUGCGUCUACCUGUGGAGCGCCUGCACCAGCCAGGUGACGCGGCUGUGUGACCUGUCGGUGGACGGGGACUCUGUGACGUCGGUGUGCUGGAACGAGAGGGGGAACCUGGUGGCUGUGGGAACGCACAAGGGCUAUGUGCAGAUCUGGGACGCUUCAGCCGGGAAGAAGCUGACCUGUCUGGAAGGGCAUUCAGCCAGAGUGGGAGCGCUGGCCUGGAAUGCAGAUCAGCUGUCGUCGGGCAGCCGGGACCGGCUCAUCCUGCAGAGGGACAUCCGCACCCCACCCCUGCAGGCAGAGCGCAGGCUGCAGGGGCACCGGCAGGAGGUCUGCGGACUCAAGUGGUCUCCGGACCACCAGCACCUGGCCUCGGGGGGCAACGACAACAAGCUGUUUGUGUGGAAUAACUCCAGCCUGAGCCCAGUGCAGCAGUACACGGAGCACCUGGCCGCGGUGAAGGCCAUCGCCUGGUCCCCCCACCAGCACGGGCUGCUGGCCUCCGGGGGGGGCACUGCUGACCGCUGCAUCCGUUUCUGGAACACGCUGACCUGCCAGCCCCUGCAGUGCGUCGACACGGGGUCCCAGGUGUGCAACCUGGCCUGGUCCAAGCACGCUAAUGAGCUGGUCAGCACUCACGGCUAUUCACAGAAUCAGAUCCUAGUUUGGAAGUACCCCUCACUCACACAAGUUGCCAAACUCACUGGACAUUCCUACAGAGUUCUCUAUCUGGCUAUCUCUCCCGACGGGGAGGCGAUUGUGACCGGCGCCGGGGACGAGACCCUGCGGUUCUGGAACGUCUUCAGCAAAACCCGAUCCACCAAGGAAUCCAAAUCCGUCCUGAAUCUCUUCACGAGGAUUCGAUAGGGAGGGAGGGAGGGAGGGAGGGAGAGCGGGCUCCGUCAGACUGCAGCAGUGCAUGCUGGGAAGCAGAGAAAGCCUCGUGCGGACAGCAUUGGGCAGAGAAAGGGCCUCUCGCCCCUCCAAGCGAGCGGUCAAACGGUCAACAAUACCGACUCAGCCGUCUGGACUCUGCAGCGCCAGUCUGGAGCCGACCAGUGAAGCCAUGGCCAGUUCCCAGCUCAUUACUGGUUUGCCAGUGAAAUAUUCUAUUGAUUUUUUUCUUUUUCUUUUUGGGGAAAGGGGGGG